AUCUUCUUCUUACUCUUUUAGAUUCCGUUUCCGAUCUCUGUUUCUUCAUUUCAAUCUUUUUUCAUAAACUCUCGUUGCUUUCCAUUUCUGGAUCUUUGUUUCCUCAUAAAGUAUCAAUCUUUUUGAUUGCUAUGGCCGGAACUAAAGAUUCUCAUAUAGUCGAGAUUCCUGUAGACGAAGAGCACAAGGAGAAGCAGCAACAGUUGGUCACGGUCCCAAAUCCGGGAAUACUAAGGGCGAUUCAGCAGCAUCCCUUGUCCGAGAUCUCAGAGUCUCCAGGCCAUCUGUUGCUUCUGAAGCUAUGGCAAAGAGAAGAAGAUCUCUUCUGCCGCCGCGUCCUACGCAAAGAAUCAAGGCUCGAGUCAAUCAAAAGAGAGAUCUUUCAGCUCUGCUGCUUCUUCCUCAUAUUCCACGGCUUCUUCUUCACGAUCCUUUACUCUUCUUCUUGCUCUGAUGAUGAUGACGUAGUUGAUGCGGUCUGCAAGAAGUGGUGGAUACCUUCUGCGUUGUCGCUAGCCACCUCGCUGGUUUUGGUGUUUCUGGUUCAGGCUAAGCUGUUCUUGUUCUGGAAAGUUUCCAGAGGAGUUCACAGGGAGAGGAACGAUAACAGGACGCUCACGAGGUGUGUGUUGGAGCUGAGGAUGAAAGGGUCGAGCUUUGAUCUGUCCAAGGAGCCGAUGAGUGGGAAGAGGAUGAAGAGCUCAAGCGUUGAGAUCAAGUGGAAGCCUGUUACUUGGUUCUCUCAGUAUUUGAUCACCAUUGUUCUUCUUUGCUUUGCAGGGUUCUUCUUUCCUGUCUCCAAGUUCAUCCUCUGCGGAUUUUGAUAAGACAAAACUGUUAUUUUCAUUCUUUUGUUUCUCCGGAUUCUACAUUCUUUCUUCAACCUCACCUCCACUGUGGGGAUGGAGCUUUUGGUCAGAUCUUAGCUUGGGAGAAUUGCUGUCAAAUCACUGGUUGUCCAAGAACAACUUGUAACUUUUAGCAGACAUAGUAGAGGUCAUAUGUCUGACGCUAGAUAGAUAUGUAACUUGGAAAUCAGAAUUCUAUAAAGUUUUUUUCUUUUA